CCCACCACUGGAAAGCCUGAAGAAAGCACAACUGCCAACAUCUGUAAAAACGGAGGCACAUAUGAGAAUGGUGUAUGCAGCUGUCCUCCCAAUUUCGACGGCACUUUCUGUGACAUUUUGUUGGGAUCUAUUCCAGUUGAUACCUAUGAAAGGACAGCAAACGUCACAGUGAAGAUCGAAAAAAGUUACACAGAGGACCUGAGCAACACAUCGUCACCAGCAUACAAAGAAUUUGCAAAGAACUUCAUGGAUCAGAUGGCGAAAGUGUAUAGGAAUAUUCCCAGUUACAAAGGAGUGAAGAUACUGAAAAUCAGAAAGGGCAGCAUCAUUGUAGACCAUGAGGUAAUUCUGAACAUAAAGAAUGAGAAGACGCCAGCAGUGGAGUAUGAGGAAGCGCUCAACCAAGUGGAAAAGGCUCUGGACAAUGCAAUUAAGUGUGACACUGAGACAACAGAUCAAGAAAAUUGCCCAAAUUUUGCAAUCACGAAUGUCACAGUCAGCAACGACACUAACACAUUUAACGAUAGUGCUGUGUGCAACACACUAAUCCCAGAAGAUUUCAGGCAGUACUUCACUGCUUACACAAAUAACUCGGGAAUAUCCUGCAUUUCCCAGUGUGACGCUAGACACAAAGAAAGGAAAACCUGCAACCUGGGCAUUUGUCAGGUCACCAGAGCUGGACCCACCUGCUUCUGCCAUCACACAGACUCUCUGUGGUACCUGGGCAGCGACUGCUCUGGGCCCAUCAGCAAAGACGGUGUGUUUGGUGCCAUCGGUGUCCUAGCUGUGGCCUUACUGGGGAUUACUGUGGGUCUGGCCACCUACCUGGUGUGGAAGAGAAAGCAGAUGAAGAGGGAGAGAGACAUCAGGGAUGACCUGGUGAACCAGUGGAUGGAGGAUGAGAUUGAGUGGCCGUCAGCUGACAGUCAGAGAAGAGCUGGUGCAGACAACGUGGCCGGCGUGCCCUACGAUGACGUGUAUGAAGAGAACACCCACCGUAACACCAGAGCAAAAAGAAGUACCAGCUUGGGCAGUGACCAGAGCUCUGCGAACAGUGCGGGCUGCAGCUCUCCUUACCAGAUGGCACCAGCUGGUCUCCAAAGCAGGCACCCAGGUUGGCUCAACCAGUACUUCAUCUCUCUGGAGAACGAGCAGAUCCCGGUGAGAAUCAGCCGGCCCCAGAUCCGGAGAUCCAGUGAUAGCUGUUAGACUUUCUCUUUGUGGCCUCUGAGGCUCCAGGAGAGACCUAAUGGUUCUACACGCUCUGCACAAAUCUGGGAUAAAGCAAGAAGUGCCACACGGAUGAAAAGGAGGAAUAAAGUGUGGGCACAAAACUACAUGAAGACAUCACUGGGAUUCCACGCAUCCACCAUGGUUGGAAAUGACCAACUUUUUUCUUUGCACAUUUUUGAAGGAGGAGGCUGAUCAGAUUGUUUAAAAGCCCAGAGCGGAAUAUGGCCUAGGCAUUACUUCCGCACACAUCGCCAUGGCAACACUAAUGACCACGUCCUCAGAACCUUGGCAAAAAGGUCUCAUCCAAAUUAUGACUCAUACUGCAGCUCUCGGCACUAAUCUUGCUAAGGGACUGGAAUUAAUUGACAGAACUUUUGCCCCAGAGCUUGUCUCACUGUCAUCUGGAAGGUUACAGAGAUGUCUGGUGGAUGCAGCAGCUGACUGAAGCCC